AUGGACGAUGGGCGGCGCUACCGCCGUGAGGAGCUCGUGGCAGCCCUGGAGAUCCACUUCCAGCACGUGGCGCCGAUGUACAAGGGGAAUUACUACCUUUGUGUGGGACCCAAGUGGAGCGACUGGCAAGCAGUUCGCAUCACGGACCUAUCGGUGCCCCAGUUCAAGCUCCGGGAUGAGACUGGUAAGGACUUUCAGCUUCUGGCGCAGUCUGGCUUCCUCUGGGGCGGCGCGGCCUUUAGCAAGCAAGUUCAGGUAGCUAAAGGGGCCGAAGGGGCAGAAGGCAUCGUGCGGAAGAUCACGCCCAUGCUCUUUGGCCUGAAGCAGGCCAUGUUUCUGCAACUCUUUGCUCCGCACUUUGCCUGCGUGCCCAAGCUGGUAGGCCACCAGUCGGGUCGGCGCCCGCUCUGGAGCUUGGUGGCGAUGGAGCAAUUGGAUGGCCCAGACCUGCUGUCUCAUAUGAAGCAAAUGAGAGAGCAACAAGAUGUGUUUGACCUUCUGGUCGCGACGGUGGAUCUUCUCUGCUGCUUGUUGCAGCACGGUGUCCGGCACAAUGACUUGUGGGCCUCCAACGUCAUGGUCCUCCCUGUGGGAGCCGUCGACGCCGAGGAGCAGGGCUCGUUACGGUCUCGAAUCCGUCUGGUUGCGAUCGAUUUUGAAGCGGCUGAGCUGACCUCUGAGGGACUCUACGACUUUAUCGACGAGGCCCUCUCGCUUGGGAGCAAUGGAACCCCACUGAGUCGGGCACGAGACUUUCUUCAGGACUCUGGCGUGCAUGCAGUGGAACUGCCUCCCUUGGCUCCAACCUUCCACGUAGCCGAGGGCCUGGAAGCAAGCGAAAUUGUGCUUGAGAAGUGGACCGACCGAGGAAUGCUGGGAAGUGUUCUGAAGCAUCAUCUCUUCGAUAGCCCGGAGACCGAGUAUCUUUCGGUACUGGCCGAACCAUAUCGGCACAUUGUUGAAGCGCUUCUGCACGAAGGACCCGAGUGUGAGGUCCAUGAUUCGACUUCCUGUGAGUCGGGGGAGAGCCCUGUCCAGCAUGACGGCUGGCGACUCCAGGACAUUCGCACAAUGCUGAAGAUGAUGCGAGAGGUUCCAUAA